UAUCGUUGCUGAUAAGUGUCUCACUAGGAAGCGAUUGCAGGCAAAAUAUAAUAUUCCAGUCUUUUCAAUGUAUCUAACGUCACUUGCAUUGUUGCAAGUCCUUGGUUUGCCACAAAAUUUCACAUUCUACCCUCUUAAUAAUCCAUUUUCUAUUGAAUACCAAAGUUGGCAAUGCCAAAAUCUUCCCUCUAUAUAUACUCAAAAAUAUUUGAAAACAAAAUGUCCUGGAUUGAUUGGAGAUUUGAAUGUUUGCUGUGCGGUGUUGAAUGAGUGUUUGGAGCAAGAAACGGAAAACGCAACGUGUUUGACAAAAUACUCAACUUGUACUACAGCUGUAUUCUCACUCAGUCACCCAUCUGAUCUUGUCGCUUGCAUUCGUUUUCCUUCUGAUGUGCUCAACAACUUUGCCAACAUCACCGUCCAACCGAUUCCACAAAUUCCUAAACUGCGGUUUAUUACAAACAACUCGUCUGGCUCUCAUGAGCUUUUGGAGCACUGUCCAAAUAGAUCCCGUACAAUUACAACUUGUUUGAAUAAUUUCCAAGAUGAAGUCACGAACAUGAAGAAAGCAAACCCUAAUUCCGAGAAGUCUCAAGCUUUUGCUUCAGUUUUUGGUGUUGCCAAAUUAAGAGCUCGUUUGGAAAUGUUUUUGAGAUCUGAAAAUGGAAAAAAAUGUGGAAACGGUAUACAAGAUUUUUUGAACAAUCUCGAGAAGAGUGUUUCUUACAAAAAUAAAGUGGCAAAAAUGCAGGACGAGUCUCUGUGGAAAUGCGGGUCAAACUUACUUGAUAACUAUGCAUCUCAAGUUAUUUUAGGGACGAAAUGCUAUUGGUUGAAAGAAGCCUACAACACUUGCUGCAAAGUAUAUGACAAAUGCAAAGAAAAUUUUGGGGAUGAUACAAAAUGCUUCAAAGAGUGGGAUAACUGUAACUCGGGUGCUAUCAACAAUGGAUAUGGAUCAAUCGCAAAUGAAUGCCUUCCGUAUCACCAAUGGGUUGCAAACUUUGAGGCAAUGAGUAGUAUUAAAAUCACUGAAAAAGCAAACGACAGUUUCAUGGCCAUGGUGCAGCAACAAUUGUGGAUUCUUAUUGGUAUAAUUAUUUUUGGAAUGAUUCUGAUUAUUUAUUCAAUCUGCAAAAGACGCCACCAGAAUCGGGAAUUCAAGUAUAAAAGUCAUUUGGAAAAACUCCCAUUGGCGGACUCGUUAUCGCCAUAAUUAAAAUAGUUGUCGGAAUUAUUUCUUCAAACUGAUUUUUUUCUGUAGCUGAUUUCUUUCAAUAGCUGAUUUCUGUUAAAAAAACGGUUAAAAUAAAUAUUAACAUUGUUCUU